UCCUCCUCCUCCUCUUCCUCCUCCUCCUCCCCUUCCUCCUCCUCUUCCUCCACCACAGUGACCCCAACUUACGUGGUAGCCAGCAGUCUGCCUUGCACCACCACAACACCACCACCACCACCGCCACCACCGCCACUGCCACGCCCCAGCUUAAGGCGUGAAGAUGAGGGGGACGAUGGAGGCGUCGGUGCUGGCCCUCCUCCUUGCCACAACCCUCCCUGUAACACUGUCCGUGCCUGUUGCGACCCAGAAGGCACCCGGGGACGCAGAAACAAGCCCUGAGGAACACCAAGGAGAGAGCCCAGAAUCACGCAGCAAAACAAGAACACAGGUGAUGACAGUAGCAGAUGCAUUUGGCAACUACCUUGGCCCUCACCCACAUGUCCCUGGAAUGGCUGACAUGGCAUCAUCAUUCCUGCACCAACUACAGGAAUAUGUGACGGAAAUGGACGAAGAGGAAAUGCUGCCAGACCGUCGGUGGCCAAGAUGGGUUCACGAAUUACAACUCUUCCUUGUCGAAGUUCAGAAAACGUCACUUGUUGAAGCCAUAUACCAGCGGAUGCUCAGAAAGGAGACCGUAGCGCACCUCAGUAAGAACGAGACAGGUGACGUGGAGGUGGAGGUGACAGGUGUUCAGUACGACCCCAUUGGUACGUUCUUCGAGUUCCUCUUCAAUGGAUUUCACACCAUUCUCGACAUUCCCAAUCUCUUCCAGUGGUGGGAAAGGUUCACUACAUACCAGGCCUACUACGCCACCACCACCACCUCCACCACUAUGCACCCCCUCUCCGUUUUCUUCGAGGACGAGAUCGUGGAGGAGGAGAAGAAUGACAGUGAUGAAAAGUUGCCAGACAGUGUCAUUUCUGUGGCACAUUACGACCCUUACGUGGCUGGAGUCAAUACUUUGCUGUUUAUGUUCUACAAUCAUAUUCUAUUCAAGAAUUUCAUCUGGAACUCCGGAUUUGAAAACUUGUUCCUAGACGCCGCCCAAGCCGUUGCCCGUGUAGAUGACGAGAAAGAAACUGAAUAUGUAGAGGCAGCAACAGGAGGGAAUGCGCUGGACUCAGGAGAAGGAGGAGGAGAAAAAGAAGAUACAACAGGCAAACAAACAGAAGAUUACGACUACUACUACUAUGACUACUAUUACGACGACCAGACAGCAGACGGGAGCACAAACACCUACGCCUCAACAGGUCGUGGGACAUCAGACGACUACUACGACUACUACUAUGACAACUACCAGUCGUACCCAAGCCCAGACGACCUCCUCCAGGGAAACGGCCACGCCUACUACCCAAAUGACUUAGAUGGUAGUAGGAACAAAUAUUAUGACGACUACUAUAAUCAGGGACUACGACCACCACCACCACCACCACAAGAAAACAGGAGGAGUGAUGAUGGUGAACCUGUUUCCUCCUCCUCCUCCUCCUCCUCCUCCUCCUCCUCCUCCCUCCUCCUCUUCUUCUAUCCCCAAAGCUCCCUUAUUUCCAUCUACCUACGGACACGGGCUAGGGACAGCAAUAGAUUCCAUAAUACUCAAAGGCACUGGUCUUGUGGUAAAGUAAGUCAUAAAAGGUACAAAAACAAGAAGCAUUCUCCCCAUGUAUCUCAUCUCUUUUAAUUCUCUUUCUCUGGUCUUGCUAUUCAUCCUUCCUCCCUCAGUAAUCACGUGUCUUUUCAUCUCUCCUCUCUUUAUCAGUGUCCUUCGUUAUCUCCUUUUCUAUCUCCCUCCCGGCCUCUCCUUCUCUCUUUCUUUCUCUCUCUCUUUCUCUUUCUAUAAAUAUGUUGCUUCAUGUAAUUUUUUUUUUCCAUUCAGUCUUUCAUUUGCGGUGUUCAUCGUUAUCUUCUCUCUCUCUCUCUCUCUCUCUCUCUCUCUCUCUCUCUCUCUCUCUCUCUCUCUCUCUCCUCAC